GUGGGUUCGACCGGGUCACGACGCUCAGCCUCGCCGAUGGAUAGGUCCCCACCCCACAGCUCAUUGUCAACGCCGACGGGCGCGCCUAGCUUGGUGCGGACGAGCGUCAGCAUCCUUCCGACCGCUGCCGUGCUCAUUGGGUCCGAGCAGAAGAGAUUCGAUGUGCGAGUCUUGGUGGAUCCGUGCUGCCCCGUGAGUCGCAUCCACGUCUCGCUGGUGAAGGCCCUCAACUUGGCCGUCACGGGCGUGGGCAACGAACGAAUUCCAAGCUGGGAUGGAUUCUUUCGGGACGCUGUUCUCUGUCCUAAAUGUGCAAGUAUUCCUCUUGCAAGGGGGGGAGAAUGUUCAUGCUGAACAGCUGAGUCCGGUAUCCCGCCAGCAGAGCAUCGCUGUUGGCGGAAUGUUUCGGAAGUGGGACAUGAAGCCGUUAUUUUAUGUGAGAAAAUUACUUGAAAAUAAAACCCCA